AUGGGACCAUCAUGUCGCCUGUACUCAACUUGGCUGGAGGCAAAUAUCACACGCCUCCUCCAUGGAACAGCCACAACACCUCACAGAGCUGCAAGAACAUUUAGACAUGGGCUAGUGCCAACAUUCAUCCAAUCGGGUUGUAAUCAGGUUUUAGAAUCUACCAGGCGCAGCCUUUACACAGAUGUAACACAAGAUGUCACUGAGCAUGCCGAAAUACAACAUAUUGCAAGUGACAACCCUUGUCAAGACCAAGUUGAGCUGCUACGACGGGUCAAGAAAGCUGUAGAAAUACAUGGUCCAAAGAUUAUAUGCUGGUUGAGGACCAAUAGACAAGCACAUAUACGUGAUGUCGACCCUUCAGUCGUUGCUCUUCUCAGGAACGCAGAACGGUUCGCCGCGUUGCACGGACUACUUCUCUCUGACGUCCCUUUGGAAAACCUUGAGAGACACCUACGUAGUGCUACUAAUCUCAGAAAUCUAUUCUCACCCUCCUUCAUCGAGGAACAGAAGGCAACACUGUACCGAAACAAACACCUACCACUUCUGAAGCACCCUGAGGAAGACUCCAUCGACACAGGGAGGCAUGACUCGCAUAUUGAUGGGCAUGGGGAUGCAUCGUGUCAUACAGAAGGUGACGGAGAGAGGGUGGAGUGUCUGGGACCAAACUACGUUAACUACAAGCGGCAGGUAUUGAUAGAGCGUCAGAGCUUCGCGGAGGCACUGGAAACAGCGCGGGUAGAAGCAUCAAGUCUCAUGGAACUGGAAAAACCAUCGCAAUUGCCUGCUUUAAGCCAAACGUGUGAACAAUGGGUACACGAUAUAGCAGAAUUUAUAAAACAGGAUAGACUCAAGAAUGCUGAAUCGGUACUGCCAUCUAUACUUGACGAACAGACGUUAGCCCGCGCCACAGUCAAUUUGGCCUUGCAACUUAUGUGUUUUCCAGCAUAUGCGCAUGAUUCCAAAGGGCAGCGGGGUGGAUUGUUACGUAGACGGCCACAACAGACUGCAGGGAACCAAGUGCUACUAGCACAUGCAGCAAUUCGUCUGGGUGAUGAAGUAGGACGGAUGUACGCAAGGAAACUUGCAGAAACUAAGACUACAGAGGGAAGUUCUGACAUGGGGGGCAAACCCGAAAAUGUGAAGAACAUUGAACCGGCAAAUCGCAACCAGCAAAGUACCUCAACUACCGCACAGUAUGGCGAUUCACCAAGAAAGAUUGGUGAAAUUUUCGACUUACCGAACCCAAUAAGUGUUGGUAUAAACGCAUUGAUGGCCUCAGCCUUUUCUCUGGCGUCCAAGGCUAGAGUCAUGUCGAAUACUGCCACUGGGGUCAUGGAUCCAACACCGCAGCUACAUAGCGAUGGAACGCUCACCGACGACCAAAAGCAGUGGAAUAACAAGCAGAGCGCUGCAGUGGGAGGAUAUCUAUUGCACGCCCUUGUUGAAUCGUGCUAUGUACAAGUUGACCUGACCACAGCAUUAAGGCAGACUAACUCGUUCGCAGAAAUAGAUCCGUCAAUGCUCUUACCAGACCUCCGUAAUGGUGGAUCUGAACAACGCGAUGCUGCGAAAAAGAGACGCAAUUGGCUUAACAAAACUGUAAGUCGUAUUCGUCAAUCACGUUUUGAUGCUGGAAAAGUCGAAAUCGCAGCGUUUGCACACAAGGUACAUAGGCACGGAGUCAAGGUCUACGGGGUGUUAGAAAUGCGGGAAUGUUGCAUGAUACAUCUACGUGAUGCUGUAGCUAGGGGGCUUGUAAAUCUCAGUUGCUUACCAAUGGUUUGUGAGCCAAAGCCAUGGACGUCCGUAUCGUCUGGAGGACUGGGACUGCUGAAACACUAUUUCAUAAGGACGCAGUGCAGGCCUACAUUUGAUGUGCGGGUAUACGACCUUUCUAAGGUCUUUCGGGUUGUUACAGCAUUCGGAAAAGUUCCCUGGAAAGUUAAUGGGGAUGUUUUCCAUCUGCUGAAGACCUUAUGGACCACUGACGCUCUACUACCAGUGCGCUCGUUCCUUCCAGACAAGUCGCUAGUUGACGCAGAUCCCAGCACGCUCACCAACGUUAUGGAACGCGCCAAUGCACUAUCUGAGUGCUCUCUUUUUGAACGUAGACUUAGAGUUGCAGAAGAUUUUCUUGCGGAGCCUAGGAUAUACUUCCCUCAGAACAUCGAUUUCAGGGGCAGGAUGUACCCACUGUCACCACACCUCAAUCACAUGGCGGAUGAUAUAUGCCGUGCGCUGUUGAAGUUCGCGGAGAAGCGUCCUUUGGGAGAACGGGGAUUCUUCUGGCUAAAGAUACACUUGGCCAACCUCUAUGGAAUUGACAAGGUUCCACUGUCUGAACGAGUGGACUGGGUGGAUCAGAAUACUGGGAUAAUACAACAGAUGGUUAGGGAACCGUUCUCUGAUAUAUCACAGUCAUUUUGGAAAAGGGUGGAAUCACCAUUCCAGUUCUAUGCAACUGCGGUUGAUUAUGUGGCAGCUCUGAAGUCAGGUGACCCUUACAGCCAUAUGAGUGAUGUCCCGGUGCAUCAGGACGGGAGCUGUAACGGUCUACAGCACUAUGCAGCUCUUGGCAGAGACUUGAAAGGUGGAGCUGCAGUCAACCUAACGCCUAACGAACGACCACAGGACGUUUAUCACCAAGUGCUGCUGGAGGUCAUCGCUAAGGUUCGGGCGGACUACCAGUGCAAUCCCGCGGCACCCAGUGAUUCCGUGUAUACCCGCUCGCGUCUCGCUAAGUUGUGUUUGGAGCACGGGAUUCUGAGGCGGAAAAUCGUGAAGCAGACGGUAAUGACCAUUUGCUACGGUGUUACGCGUACUGGUGCGGUAUCCCAGAUCGAGGCACGCCUAAAAGAAGUGGAGACAAUCGACUCCAUGGGCCCAAAAACUGUACGACAACUGGCAGCGUACAUAGCAGGUAAAGUAUUGGGCUCGAUCAAAACAGUCUUCGCGGAGGCUAUGGGCAUAAAGAAAUGGCUUGACGAUAUAUCAGCUGCGCACAACAGGCUGAACGUACCUGUAACGUGGAUAAGUCCUGUAGGCCUGCCUUGCGAACAACCAUAUUGCAAGGCAGUGACAAAGGUUGUUAGAACGCCAAUUCAAGCAAUUAACGUAGCGGAGCACGCCCCUAGUGUAGUAGACAAGCGUCGUCAGAAACUAGCAUUCCCGCCAAAUUUCGUUCACUCACUGGACGCAUCACAUCUCAUGCUAACUGCAGAGGUAUUGUUUCAGCGUGGAUUGAGUUUUGCGGCUGUUCACGACAGCUACUGGACGCACGCGUGUGAUGUUGAUGUUAUGAACGUAGCUAUACGAAACCAAUUCGUCGCCAUGUAUAGCGAGCCUAUCUUGGAGAAUCUAUACCAGAGCUGUAAUAAGCGGUUACGCGGUGAAGUGAUGAUACCGCCACCUCCUAGGAGGGGUCAACUGGAUUUGGACUCAGUACGGCAAUCUGUCUACUUUUUCCACUAG